GUUUGUUUUCGUGUCUGUUUCUGGCUUUUGUUCGAAGGAAUGUCCCGUCAUUUGUUCGGGGGAAUUUUUCGGCAGUUGCUUCGGCAAUUUGUUCGAAGUUCUUCUGGCAGAUGUUUGGGUUCCUUUGGCAAAUGUGCGGAGUUCUGUUUGUUUUCGUGUCUGUUUCUGGCUUUUGUUCGAAGGAAUGUCCCGUCAUUUGUUCGGGGGAAUUUUUCGGCAGUUGCUUCGGCAAUUUGUUCGAAGUUCUUCUGGCAGAUGUUUGGGUUCCUUUGGCAAAUGAAGAGGCAAAUCGUGGAAAGCCAAAUUGGGAGCAUCUUGAGGACAACUUACACAUUCUCAUUCAAUGUGAGGAUACUGAGAAACGUGCCCGUUCUAAACUUGAGAAGGCUGUUGGGAGAGUCAAAAAGCUACUUGUUCCAACGAACAAUGGAAUUGAUGAGCUGAAGCGUAAGCAGUUGAUGGAACUUAGCAUCAUCAACGGUACUUAUCGUUCUGCAAUUGGGCCGAAGAAUUCACCAAGUUUAUUUUUUUAG